AUUCCUGUCUUUGGCCUAUAUUCCUUUAAAACAGUGCUUCUACUGCCCCAGGAAAAUAGGCCGCACUGUUUAUGUUUUACUUGUGUUGAAGUGCACCAGUUUAGCAAAUAUUGUGUUACUCCGACAUUAUGAUGCAGCGAGGAAACAUUCAGGGCAAAGUUUGUUAUUGCUUGGAUAGCAUCUAGCAAGUUUGCGUUUCUUACUAUAUGAGCAACAAAUAUGUCAAAAAAAACACACACAUAAAGAUCUAAUAUGCCAAAGCAUCAUCACUCCCCAGUUCAUCAUCAUCAUCACCCCGAGCCACCAUGCAACGAUCAUCUGGCGCACUCGAUCGAUCUGGCCACGACGCUUCGCAGCGAGCUGGCCGCAAUCACAUACAAACGGGAUCGACUGAUGGCCGAGCUUUCGGACGCAAAAAGCUCCCUUUGUGCAAAGGAGAACGAGUGUGAGGCACUUCGAGCACAAGGCGCUCGCCAAACGUCGCUGAUCAGUUCCCUUCAACAGCGGCUGGCUGUCACUGAGUCACGUGAGAAAACCCUCCAUUCGAGAAGCGAAACCGCGGUCAACACCUUGAACCGAGACAAGAAGCACUUGGAGGAUAAAAUUAAGGAACUGUGUUCGAAGAUUAGAAGAUUGGAGUGCGAACUGAACAAGGAAGAGGGUCAUCGGGAUCAGGCGAGGGCACACUUGCAGGAUCUCGUACGAAGGUUAUGCCUCUGCUUGGGGAUCGACGUUUGUGAUGGAAGCCACCUCACGCCGGAGUGUGUUCUGGCCAAAGCCGGCGAAACAGUGGCAGAGCUGCACAGAUUACGAUCCAAACUGGCCGGAACAUGUGAGCAUCUAACAUCGACCGAGGCGGAAUUGAUCACUGCCAAAACGACGGCUUCCUCGGAAAAGGCACGACUUCAGACGCAGAUUGAAGGAUUGCAAUCGUUGUCGCAGGGUUUGGAGAACCGAUGUCGCCAGGCGGAGCGUGACUUACAAGCAACGCGCGAUCGGUUGGCAGAAAGUGAAGUUUGUGGUGAUAAACUGAGAGAGGAACUUAGAGGAUUUGAGUCACGAUGCUGCAGACUACAAAACAGCUACGACCGGUUGCAAACGGAACGAUUGCAGUUCCUCCGGACGAUAGCCACGAUAGUGGGAGUUAAUGAGCCAUGUGAAAACAACAUUCGAGAUAAAGUUCGUGACAUUACGAACCACAAUCAGUCGCUGCACGAUCAAGCAGCCCAACUCAAAGAGCAACUGCACCAAGAAUCAGCUCGCCAUCGGGAGCAUCAAGAGGGUACAACAUGUCGGCUGAAAACCGAAGAACAGCAUCGAAUGAACGUUGAGGAACGGCUAGAGAAAGCUUGCCACGAGCUACAGCAUUUUCGUGCGGAACACACAACGCUUAGUGAAUACCUGGUGCGACUGGCUCGUGCUCUCUGUUGGAGCGAAUGUACAGAACCACCAGCCGUCGGGAGUGACACCACCAUUUUAAGCGAAACUCUACUGGAACGAGCGGAGCGGCUGGCAACUCACCAUGACCACCACGUGCACGGAAUAUGUGACAAGAACUGUUGGGAAGUGGCAAAUCACCACACGCAUUCCCAUUCCCAUCAUCAUAACCAUUUGCCGAAGCUGAGACGGGAACGUUCCUGCACGGAUCUGCCAAUGAAAGAAAGUUCCACAUUGUACAAUUUGCAACGGAGGGUUCGUGUCCUCAGGGAACAGGUUCAGCGACGGGAUCUACACUUGGAACUGCUCCGGCGCAAAAUUGCACUCUUAGAGGAUAAUGCUAGGGGGAAAGUAAUGCUACAAACCGAACGUGACGAAGCGGUUCACAGGGCGCGGAAAAACUCCAAGAAUGCAGAGCGAACGGCUCAACAGUUGUCCGACGUUAAGGCUCAACUGGUUGAGGUUAAAACACAGCUCAAUGAGGCGUCCGACUACAAAUUAACCGCAUUGGAGCGAGCCCGGAAGUGUGAUGAGCUUCAAUCGCGGCUUUGCGAACUAGAAAAUGAACGAGAACGGUUGGUUAGUCAGUUGGCCGCCUACAAGUCGAGGGCACGUUCGGCAGUGGAAAGUUCGCACGACCGGCGUGUGCGAGAUGAACACACUUUAUCGCACUUGCGAGACGAGCUGUCCCGGGUAAAGUCUCAGCUAGCGGACACAAACCAUCGCCUCUCCCAGCUGCAAGCAUUUCGUACUUCAGUGGCCAAACUUUUGCAUAUGCGUGACAGUCCCGAUUCGGAGAUACUCCACAAGCUGCAAUCGCUGUGCCACUCGCAUCAUCAGUGUACCUGUUUGGGCAGACGAUACGGUUCGGCUUCGCCGCUGGGCACCGCCGGAAGUGACCAUCACUGCUCCCGGUAUGAUGAAAUGCCGCCGACAACAACUUCCAGCUAUAGGCCGCUCAGCUCGAGUCCUGUGCACACGAGAAGGUACAUCGACUCGGGCUUCAAUGAUCAUGACCAUAAUUUCGACGAUGAUUUCGAUUUCGGGAAGAAAUACUGAUGAAUGUUUCGAAACAUGCAACCGACACUGCCGUGAGAUGGACCGAAAAAAAGUCGAUAAUGUGUUCAGUUUAUAUCUUAUCGCAAUUUUUUAUGGCAUUCAUUGUAGCAUACGUUGGCGACAUCUAUGCGCGAAUAGUGAAAAUGACCGGUAUAGGUUUAGUAAAGAAAAUGUUUUAUUGAAUAAAUGUUGAACUAUGUGAAAUGAAUUUAAUUCAGGGUCAAUCAAACGUGGGAUGAUACACAUGAUCUGCACACAUUUUCGUUUUCAGUAGAAGACAGGCUAAGUCUGUCACCCAAAGCAAGGAAAUUGAGCCUAAUAAAAAUGCAAAGCAUUUCAUCAUUUUUUGUCGCAUACAUGAGAAACCAUUGAGUUUUUACGAUUCGCAAUGAUUUAAUUCUCUUUUCACCAAUAUUAGAAGCAGUAAAAAAAGUCACAGGAGGGCUGUGUCCGAGACACGACCGCAUAGUUGACGUAGGAUUCCGU